CACCUUAAAAAUGUUUUCUUGUGACAAGUGUGAAAAAGUGUAUGUCGCCAAAAACUGUUUGAUGAGACAUAGGAAAAUCCAUGAUGGUAUACGAUUUAAGUGUUAUUUAUGCCCAUCUAGUUUUUCGGACAAAUGUGGACUUGUACGCCAUGUUCAAAAGAUACACCACCUCGUAAAGUAUGGUGUGGACUAUAAUAUUGCUAUAGGAAAUCAUACUGAUUCGAGAGCUAUGUCAACAAGUGAAAAUGUAAAUGUUGCGGAGAGAAUGCAGGCAGGCCCAAGUGCAAUUAGUCCUAAACGUCGCAAACAAUGUAACACCGACAAUACGAUUAAAAGUAAACGGGUAAAGGCUAAACGAUUACAUGACAUUACGACGAGCGGUUUUCAUAAAACGGGCGAAUCAUUAAAUAGUCAAAUUUUAUGGUUUUAUAAAAAAAAUAUUGAAAAUGUAGUCGGGUAUCAACCGUUUUUGUCAGCAACAAGAGGUGAUUUAGUUGAAAAAUUACGCGACUGCCUUAAAGAAAUGGGGCCGAUAAAAUUCAACUUAAAACUGGAGGCGACUUAUACUGUACCGAAUAAUGAAAACAAAUAUGAAAAUCGGUCAUUUAAAACGUCGGCAGAUGAGAUAAUUAAUGAGGACGAUAUUGAUCNCGGUCAUUUAAAACAAGAACAGGAAAACUAUGCUAGUAAAGGUAGUAAUUUUUCGUUUUCUAAUAUAGACGGUAUUUUACUGGGUGUUUACAAAUAUCAGCCUUUAGGCGGGAGUUCUUACAUUGAUUUACCGUAUGAUAUUAAAAACAGAAAUGCUGUAAUAAACCCACAAAAUAUAGAUCAACAAUGUUUCAAAUGGGCUAUAUUGGCGAAAAAAGUGACUGGUAAUAUCAAAUAUAUAGUAGGUUACAACUAUAAGUCUAUAGAAAACUCUUAUAAUUUCUCCGGUUUAUCAUUCCCAACAUCGAUUUCAGACAUAAAAAUUUUCGAAAAAAAUAAUCCGCAUACUUCAGUCAAUGUUUACGGACUAAAAUUGAAAGAUUUACAUAAUAAACCCGAAUAA